AAAACAGAGGACAAAAACCUCCGCUCGAGAGAACCUAAAACCCUAAAAGGUACUCGCUUUUUCUCUUCGUUUCUCUUCUUCUACAGUUGGAAACAGUGUUCGCAUGAGCCUCUCUUCUGGGCAGUUUCGAAUUCGCCAUAGUAUUCCUAUAUUCGAAAUACUCUGUUAACCUGUACUUUGAAAAAGAAGAAGCUUUACUUAGCUAUGGCGGGGAUUCUCCGAAACGCGUCUUUACUGAGACGCUCUCUCUUCUCCUCUGAGGUGUUUACUAGAGCUGUGGUUGGCACAUCGUCUCAGCAUCGAGGUUUUGCUGCCAAAGCUAAGAAGAAGUCUAAGUCAGAUGGAAAUGCAUCGUCUGAGGAAGGUAUGUCGAAAAAGGAGAUUGCUCUUCAGCAAGCACUUGAUCAGAUUACCAGCUCAUUUGGCAAAGGCUCCAUCAUGUGGCUCGGUCGUGCUGUUUCUCCUAGAGAUGUCCCCGUUUACUCUACCGGGUCUUUUGCCCUCGAUGUAGCACUAGGAGUUGGUGGCCUUCCUAAGGGACGUGUUGUGGAGAUAUAUGGUCCUGAAGCAUCUGGGAAAACAACACUUGCUCUUCAUGUUAUUGCAGAAGCACAGAAACAAGGAGGAACCUGUGUUUUUGUAGAUGCUGAGCAUGCUCUUGACUCGUCACUUGCUAAGGCAAUUGGUGUAAACACAGAGAACCUGCUUCUAUCACAGCCUGAUUGUGGCGAACAGGCCCUUAGUCUUGUGGACACUUUAAUCCGAAGUGGUUCUGUUGAUGUUAUUGUUGUUGACAGUGUAAGUAAGGUGGCUGCUCUUGUACCUAAAGGAGAACUUGAGGGAGAGAUGGGUGAUGCUCAUAUGGCUAUGCAAGCCAGAUUGAUGAGCCAAGCUUUGCGUAAACUAAGCCACUCUUUGUCGUUGUCGCAAACACUUCUCAUAUUUAUAAAUCAGGUGAGAGCAAAGCUUUCUACAUUCGGAGGAUUUGGAGGUCCAACAGAAGUAACAUGUGGUGGGAAUGCCUUGAAGUUUUAUGCUUCUAUGCGUCUGAAUAUCAGGCGAGUGGGACUUGUCAAGAAAGGCGAAGAUACAAUAGGAAGUCAAGUUGCUGUUAAGAUAGUGAAGAACAAACUGGCACCGCCGUUUAGAACAGCGCAGUUUGAGCUUGAGUUUGGGAAAGGAAUCUGCAAGGUCACGGAGAUAAUCGAACUGAGCAUUAAGCACAAGUUCAUAGCCAAAAACGGAACGUUCUACAAUCUAAACGGGAAGAACUACCAUGGGAAAGAGGCGUUGAAGAAGUUUCUGAGACUAAAUGAACCAGUUCAAGAAGAGCUCAUGACCAAGCUCAAAGAGAAGCUUAUCGUUGAUGAAGCUGCAGAUAAGGAGUCUGAAUCUGAGGAAGAAGAAGAUUCUGGUCGAGUUUUGGUUUCUUCUGAGAGCACAGAUGAUGAAGCGCCAGCUCCGGUUGUUGCUGCUGCUGCAGUAGUUGAAUCAUCAUCAGUCACCUCCGGUUAAGGAUAAUAUUCUACUUUUGGUUUAGUUUUUUUUCGGUUUAACGUGGAUUGGGUUCGGUUUCACUCUCCCCGUGUAAUUUAGUGUGAGCUAAUCUUUUUUAUCUGAUGUGACAUGAAUUA